AUGGUUAAUACUACAUCAACUUCAAGAAGACGAGAAGAAGAAGAAAAUAGUCCUACCAAAUCAAGUGUUUCUUCUGAUAUGUCACAUAAUUCAUUUGAUGAUGAUGAUGGACUAGAAGAUGUGGAAGAAAUAAACACUAAUCAAGUGGAAGAGUAUCAAAUUCGUCCAAUACAAUCUCAACAAUCCACUUCCUCCAGACUUUCACGAACAAGAACUAAUCAUUCCGAACUUUCACGUAUUAUUAGUGGGAUUAAAGAUGACCAACAACUUGAUGAACAAAAUAGAAACAACUACAAACAUACAGGUGAUGCUGAAUAUAUAUUAGCUAAUGAAAUUGAUCGAGUAGCGACCAAUAUUAUUGAUUCUCGUCAACAUUCAACUACAGAUUUAGAACUGCAACGACGUCAUUUACAUUUACAAGAGAUAAAUGGAUCAUCAAGAGGUCCACGAUUCAGUGGAUCACCUGACGACUUAUCAAUAAAUGACGAAGAAGAAGAAGAAAAUGAAAAAAAGGGAGAAUUAUUACAGGAAUCGGGUCAUAAACCAGAUGGUGGGAUGGCUUGGUUAAUGGCUAUUUGUGCCAUGAUGGCAAUGUUUUCUACUUGGGGUGCAAAUGCCGGUUAUGGGGUAUUUUUGAAUUAUUAUCUUGAUAGUAAUACAUUCCCAGAAGCUACUAAAUAUGAUUUCGCCUUGAUUGGUGGGAUUGUGGUGUUUAUGGCUAAUAUUUUAUCACCAUUAAGUGCUUUAUUAUAUAAAAUGUUGGGAUUUCGAUUUGUUUGUUGUAUUGGAAUUAUUUUUCAAACUCUUGGUUGGAUAUGUGCUUCAUUUGCUAAACGGAUUUGGCAUUUAUAUUUGACUCAAGGUGUUUUAGUAGGGAUUUCAUUCCUGUUGAUUUUUAUACCAGCAACAUUGGUAUUACCUACUUGGUUUGAAAAGAAAAAGGCAACAUCAAUGGGUAUUUGUGUUUCUGGUGCUGGGUUAGGUGGGUUGAUUUUUUCAUUAAGUGUUAAUAAAGUCAUUCAAGAGACUGGAAAUCAAAGAUGGGCUUUAAGAAUGGUGGGGUUUGUUACGUUAUUUUCUGCAUUACUUAGUGCAUUAAUUAUGAAACCUCGAAAUUUCACCCAACCUCCACUUAAAGAAAGUUUGAGUAAAACGUUUAUUAUAGAAAGUGUCAAAGCUAUCUUUGAUGUUCGUGUUUUCAAAAAUCGUGGUAUAAUUUUAAUAGCUCUUUGGUUUUCAAUUGCACUUAUUGGAUAUACCUUGAUGUUGUUUAGUAUGUCAUCAUAUGCUUCUUCAGUGGGUCUUUCACAUUCCCAAGGAUCAAUAUUAACUUCAGUAAUGAAUGCUGCUCAAAUCGUAGGACGUCCUAGUAUGGGUAUUACUGCUGAUAGAAUAGGACGGGCAAAUUUUACUGCCAGUGCAUGCUUAUUGAUUACUAUAUUACUUUUUGCCUUUUGGAUUAAUGCGACAACAUUUGGUUCAUUGAUUGCAUUUGCAGUUAUUAUUGGAUUGGUUAUUGGUGUGGGGUCUUCUUUAGCUCAACCAUUGGCUGCUGAUGUUUUAGACCCUCACAUGGAACAAAUGCCAGCAGCAUGGUCAGGUAUUAAUAUUACCGUGUCAUUCUUUUGUCUUGUUUCAGAAGUUAUAGCCCUUGCAUUGGUUAUUCCUGGGGCUAAAAGACCUUACUUGCACACACAGAUAUUUGCUGGCUCUUGCUUUUUUGCUUGUUUCUUGUUAAUGAUAUUGAUUCGAGAGUUUUUAAUUAAAAAACAGUUAACUAGCAGAUUGGAAUUCACAAAGAAUAAAUUACAUAAGGUGGCUGGAACUACAAAGAGUGGUUAUUUGAGGUGUCAAGACGAUGAACAACAAGCCAAGAAAGAUAGUGAAGACACUAACAAAGAAGAGGAAGAAGAAGAAGAAUCAAUUUUAAUAGAACGAGUAGAAAGAUAUGAGCAAUUGUUAAACAACACUUUUACUGGGUUUUUCAUUCGUGCUUUAUAUCCCAUCAAAGUUUAA